AUGUCGAAUACACAAAAAGAAUCUGCGACACACACAGCCGCUGCUGGCGAGGAGGCAGCCGCAACUGCAUACAUGAAUAGACUUCUUGAUAUGGCCUUGCAGAUCGUCAACUUUUUCAAAACAAACCGACCAUGGCGCGUCUACGACCUCAGCCGUCCCACAAACGACCCAGAACUCAUGUCUCUAUGCCAGCUACAGAGACUUCACCCAAGAGAGCCCAUCGUGGUGCCCCCGAUCAAAUGGAAAACCAUCCACCUCGACAUUCUGCGGUGCGUCUUCCAACCGAGCGACCGUCUGCUACCAGCUUCAGAACCAGAACACGCCAUCUCGGACAAUAUGGCAUCGUGCGCCUGCCACCUGCAGGCGCUCCUGUGCCCGGCCUCAACCAAGCGGGACAGGGCCUCUGCGGUGACGGCACUGUUCACCGGGUUCAUGAACAGUACGGACGCUUCCUCUUCUGGGGUGGUUCUCGCCAGGAACUUGCAGCUCGCAUAUGACCAUCUCCAGUCGCCACUGAGCCUCGCGUUUGCGUCCAAGAUGAGGCGGCUCACAAUUCCAAAUGGUGGUUACAAGGUGACGUGUAACGGCGAGCUGCCCCGCGCUUGCCUCCUCAGCCACCUGGCAAAGGGCACGCACACGCACCUCGCCAACCUGGCGUACGUGGACCUGGGAUCUGUGAUGGAGGAGCGGCGGCAGUGGCGGCUCAAGCACGUGGCGAGGACUUGGGCCGAUCCGACCAGGGACCCUUAUAUCGCCGCGACCAUCAUCGGGCUCGCGCAGAGGGCCGAUCGGGAGACCGGCAGACUGCCGACCCAGGAAGCAAGCGGGCGCGUCUACGAGGAUCUGCGGGACGCCAGGGUCUGGUCGUUGGCGAGCAUCAUGCUGGCAAAGAGGCAGGGGGAGGUGGCGUCGGACCGCGAGAUCGCGCAGGCGCUACUGCAGGCCAGGCACAUCUGUCUGCUGUAUCAGGCGGCGCGCGCACGGGGUCUCGCUGUUGUGCCGGGGCAGGCAGGAGGGUUCCUGCCGCAGGUGCGCGAGCCCACCACCGAGGCCGAGGUGAUGUCUGGGAUUGUCGACUGCGCCCGCUACGUCGCCGCCGGUGGCCACGUCAGCGAGGAGAUGCUGCGGGAGGUGGAGGAGCUCAAGGCGGCGAGGAGGCUCGCGCGCAGCGGGCCCGUCAGGCGGCAUCGCUGCGUCUGCUUGGCGUCGAGUCCGGCCAACUGGGACAAGUUCGUCGUCUACUCGGCUGACGUCUCGACGGCGUUUUUGGACCGGCUGGAAAGACCGCAUGAGGCGCCGCGGGCGGAUGUGGGGAGUGGGUUGGAGAUCCGGGUUGAGCUGCUUCCGUUGAGGCCCCUUGAGACUUUGCCGAGGCGGCUCGAGUUUCUGCUUCGGUCCCUUGGGUCGCCUCUGGACGGAGAAGGCGCUUGA